UGAGGCUUUUUUUUUUUUUUUUUGAGAACCUGUUUUGAGAUUCAUAGGCUGAGUUUUUCAAAACCAUUGUCUUCAUAAUCUGUUUAGAAUGCAACUUUCACUGCUUUCCACUGCAGCUGCAGGCACUAAGUAUUUCUGCAAAUCACUCCUUCUAGACCCAUGCCAAGGACCUGGAAAAUUAAUGGCCUCUUCUGUAGCAUUCAAUUUAAAUGACACAGAGAUCUCUAGUAGAAUCUGAGUCCUUGAGGACAGUGUUCAAUUAUCUGACUCAAAAGAUUGGUUUCUGAAUGACUGUAAAGGGCUUGUGGAAUAAGUAAUCAAGAAAUUGGCCUAAUUUGGGUAGAGUUCACAGAAAUGACAGCUUUACCACUAUCCCCAUGUUAAUUUCAAGUCUCCAUACCAAAGGACAGGGGUUCAAAGCUCUAGGAAUAUGAAAAACCUGCCAGAAGCUUUUAACACAGAACUUUUUUUUACAUUAACCUUUAUUUUUUUAAAUGGCUGGCCUGUUUUGAAUGAAGAAAAAGUGAAGAAACAAAACACUGAAGCAGCCACUAACUUGUAAAAUUUCAGCCCAAACAAUGGCAGUUUGGCAAAGUCGUGAUUUUUCUUAUGUAGAGGAGUUUGUCUUACAAUGGCAAGUGUUUGGCAGCAUGGUGAAAUGUGAUCCUACUCAUUCUUCCAAUAGUAAAAUAUGCUGGAUUUGAGUUAGCAUUUGUACCUACUGAGAGCAGCAUCGGCUCUUGUGCAAGUUAACAGAGGAAUUGUCCUGCUUUCAGAUCAAGCUGUUAGCGAACUGUUAUUGCAGAUCUUAAGAGACAAAUCAAGGCCUUGACCUGACAAAUACUGCUUCCAAUCAACCUGAUACAUGCUAAUAAAAUUCUAUGUUUGCAUUUUAUACAAUAAGAAUAAUUACAUUUGUGUGGAUAUCAAAGCCUUGUGUUCUGUUUCUGGCAGUGGCAAAACCAAAGGUGUGAAAAGUGCAAGCAUAUCUGGCUGGCUUUCUCAGAGUAUUCUCAUGAUCUUCAAUAAUUCGCUUGUCAAAGGCUUCCUGAGCCAGACAUACACAUAAAAAAGCUGCAGCCCAUGUGAAGAGGGGAAUUAUUAGCUAAAAGAUAGCCGUCAGAUUUCAGAAGAUAAACAAAAGGUGGAUCUGAACCUUGAAAUUGUCAGCUCAGCUCAGCAAGAGGUUGCAAAGGCAGAGUGAUGAAAGGAAGGUUUCCUGGAGAACUCCCAGAAGAUUGAAAUGGAUUAUACAAUUCUGGAAGGGGACAAGAAACAGGCAAUGCAAAGACCAGUAAAAAUGGGAAGUACUGGAUUCUGGUUUCCUCCAAGAAGAGUCAGCGGAACUGGUUAAGACCAAAAUCUGAGGACUUUAGUGGGCAAACAUCAGUCCCCUUUUGCUUUCUUUUACGACCACAUGAAACUUGAGAAGCCAUCUAAAGCUAAAUCAUUUAGUGGAGUUGGGCAAUUCCCAAGUGUCCAACAAGAAGGCCUGGUUUAGGCUGCGAUGGCCACUGUCAUUCCUGGUGAUUUGUCAGAAGUAAGAGAUACCCAGAAAGUCCCUUCAGGGAAACGUAAGCGUGGUGAAACCAAACCAAGAAAAAACUUUCCUUGCCAACUGUGUGACAAGGCCUUUAACAGUGUUGAGAAAUUAAAGGUUCACUCAUACUCUCACACAGGAGAGAGGCCCUACAAGUGCACACAACAAGACUGCACCAAGGCCUUUGUUUCUAAAUACAAAUUACUAAGGCAUAUGGCUACUCAUUCUCCUGAGAAAACCCACAAGUGUAAUUAUUGUGAGAAAAUGUUUCACCGAAAAGAUCACCUAAAGAAUCACCUACAUACACACAAUCCCAACAAAGAGGCCUUUAAGUGUGAAGAAUGUGGAAAGAACUACAAUACCAAGCUUGGGUUCAAACGUCACCUGGCUUUGCAUGCUGCAACAAGCGGUGACCUCACCUGUAAGGUAUGUUUGCAGACUUUUGAAAGCACAGGAGUGCUGUUGGAGCACCUAAAAACUCACGCAGGCAAGUCAUCGGGUGGAGUGAAGGAGAAAAAACACCAGUGUGAACACUGUGAUCGUCGGUUCUACACCCGAAAGGAUGUCCGUAGACACAUGGUAGUGCACACUGGAAGAAAGGACUUCCUCUGUCAGUACUGUGCACAGAGAUUUGGGCGGAAGGAUCACCUCACGCGUCACAUGAAGAAAAGUCACAACCAAGAACUUUUGAAGGUCAAAACAGAGCCAAUGGACCUUCUAGAUCCCUUUACCUGCAAUGUUUCUGUGCCUAUUAAAGAUGAGCUGCUUCCAGUGAUGUCUUUACCUUCCAGUGAACUGACAUCAAAGCCAUUUACAAACACUUUGCAAUUAAAUCUCUACAACACUCAGAUUCAAUCCAUGCAGAGUUCUGCAUCUGCACACCAAAUGGUUGCCACAUCAUUACCAUUGGGAAUGCCUUGUCCAAUAGAUAUGGAGUCUGUCCACCCUCCUCACCAGCUAUCGUUGAAAUAUCCACUCGGUACUACCUCAUAUGCAAUUUCUAUGCCUGAAAAAGAACAGCCAUUGAAAGGGGAAAUCGAAAGUUACUUAAUGGAGUUGCAAAGUGGUAUGCCUUCUUCAUCCCAGGAUUCUCAAGCAUCUUCAUCAAAACUAGGGCUGGAUCCACAAGUAGGGCCACUAGAUGAUGGGUCUGGGGAGGUUUCCCUUUCCAAGGGCUCUGUUCCUAUUAGUGAACCUCUAAACACCCCAUCAUUGGACUUUUCUCAGCUGUUCAACUUCAUACCUGUAAAUGGCCCUCCUUAUAAUCCUUCCGUUUCAGUAGGGAACCUCGGAAUGAGUUACACGCAAGAGGAGGCACAUUCUUCUAUGACUCAACUUCCACCACAAACCCAGGAUCCACAAGAUCCUAGCAAUAGUAUAGGUCUUGGGUCUCUGCACUCGUUGUCAGCAGCUUUCACAAGCAGUCUAAGCACAACCACCACCCUACCACGAUUUCAUCAAGCUUUCCAAUAGGAUGUACAAAGCUGGCUUGUUACUGUCUAUUUGUAGAAAUGCCUUAGGUGACCAUUUUUAACUUAGUGCCUACUAUAAGACAUUAUAAAUUCUCUGCUUUUGUACAGUACCGAUCUCAUGAAGCCAGUAAGAAAUUUAAAUUAACUUUUUAAAAAUGUUUUGAAAGUGUUUAUUCUCAGCUGUGUUUACUUUGUUGGGUUUGUUUUUUUUUAAGCAGUCUCGUUGUAUUGUUUUCAUUUUCACUGCCAAUUGACACAUUGAAAAUGCUCAGUAGAAAGUCAUCCCAAGCAAACUCUCAGCGCUCAUCCCUUUGUCAUAACUUUUUCAACCAUACCAGCUAUUCCGUUUUAUUGAUGUCAGUGGUAGAGCUACCACCACUUUUAAUAUAUAUUUUACUAUUUGCAAAGAAUCCAGCUAAAGUAUGUAUCACAAAGAUUCCUGAAGAUUUGGGAAAAAAAUAUGUGUUUCCAGUUCAUUUCCAAACAAAUCCUCUUCCCAUAUGGUGUCAUGUCUGAUCUGCUCUAUAAUGACAAAUCUAAAUUUUUUUAAAUAAAUAGAGAAUUCAGAUUUUCCUGAAAACUUUGUGUAUAUAUAGAACUCCAUAUAUACACAUAUACAUAUAUAUAUAUAGCAUUUGACUUGUAUGGAAGUCAUUAUAAAAGGUGUUGAUAAUUUUGCCAUUUUCUGGCUUAAAUUUUUUUGUCCUGUUACAGAUAACAGAUGAAAAACAAAAUUAGUUUAAUUCUCUAAAGUCAUGGCUGAACAGAAUUUCAACAGAGAAUCUCUUCUUGCCUGGAUGACAAAUGUUUCAAGUUGAAUUUGGAACUGUGUUGUUGUGCUUUCAUGACUCUGGUAUAGGCAAACAGGCAAAAUUAAUGGCUGAUCUUGAAAUAUAAAAGCGUUGUAAUGUUGUAAUGCAGAAUAUUUUGUCGCAGUUUUUAAUUCUUGUUGUUUUUUUCUCUUUAGUAGUAUAGAAAGAGUACUUCAUAGGAAUCUUCCAGUAGUGUAUUCACAUUUGUAGGCAUCAGUCUUCUCCCAGCUGCCACCGCCAAAGGGUGGUUCAAGUCCAGCCAGAAAGUGUGUAUCUAUUUUCAGUUCAAAACUAGUGUGCAGUCAGAGCAUGAAUGUAAAUUUGCAAAUACUGGGUUUUGGUUUUGUUUUUCCUUUUACUUUUCCUAUUGGAAUGAUCUUUUCAGUUAUGUUACAUGGUGUGUUAUGUCCUCCUAAGCAACAAGUUAGAUGUUAAUCACACUUUCUACACCUGGGUACUUGGUUAGGGACUUUUUGCCCAUUGCCAAGAUUUAAAGACAGGACUCUUAGGAGUGAAGUAAAAGCAUAUUGCUUACACCACUUUUACCUAAUGCAAUAUAUUCUAUUCCCCAACCCCUAAUAACCAAAAGAUUAAAAAAAAAAACAACCCUGUGAUGCAUGAAAGCAAACUAGAUUUGUUGUACUUCAACAGUAACAUUCUUUUCCUUGUCAUUUUUGUACAAGGAAUUAAAAAAUAGAGAUCAAGUACAUUAGUAUCUCUCAAACAAUAAUGAGAAUUCGUACAAGGUUUUAAGUGGUUAAACUAAAUAUACUUCACAGAAACAAAAGUUGCUCCCAUUUAAGGAGCUCAUGCUCCAGAUGUUUUAUCGGUAGCUCCUACUUUUUUUUUUUUUGUAAUUCUAGGAGCAAUAUGCAGGUGUAGUUUUACUAUUUUAUACAUAUGUGUAUUUAAAUUUUAUUACUGAAAGAUAACAUUUUUAUAAAUGUGUUUUUGUUCCAAAGGCAUUAAAAUAAGGAUGUAUUAAUAAGGAAAAUACCUUUUGAAAUUCUGCAAACUACUCCUAGAUUUUGGGUUUAGGAGCACGUUAUCUCAAAGUGGGCUUUUAGCUCUGCUUCAUGACUGCUUCCUCUGGUUUCUGUGAAACAGAUUGCUCGCUUACAUCUUAGUUGAAUGAUUUGUUCAAUAUUGCUUCUUUUCUCUUUCACCUUUCUAAAGGAAAGAAAAACACAGAUGAACAGAGCACAAGGUAAAUGCAACUGAAUGUAACUCUGGUUUAAAUCGGCAACCAUAAUGCAGCUAGGAAGAACUCGGGUUUUUUUCCAAUCUUUUAAAUCAGUCUGAGAUGAAGAUAAAUGAACUUAAUUCCUCCAGUGGUUUGGAAAGUUGGGAGUGUUCAGCACCCUGCAGCCAGCCCAGCGGUGUGGCUGUGCAGCCUCAGGCACACAAAUUCCCAAUCCAUUGCGGCUGUUUAUCAGGCUCAGUUGCCGAUUAGACUUCAUUUACAAAAAGAAACCCCAUACAGACACAUUGCCAACACCUAUUUCUCAGCGCGUAGCCAGAAUCCUUACUACUUUGUUUCGUGCCUUAGCUCCCUGAAAAGGGAUUGACAUUUCACUUUGGGGUUAGAUGUACAUUUCACUUAAGAAACAGGGACCUCAGACAAGAUAUUGAACCUCAUUCAGUCAGGGUUUCAGUGGGUGCCUGCACCAAGCGUGUUUGCCACUGGACUAGGGUGUACGGUAACGUGGAAGCAGACUGACACUGUAAGCAAUACUACCACCACCAGAGUGCUUUUGAGUAUCACUUAGGCGGAGUCACUAUUGGCCACUACUAAACCAUCAGUUUUCGAACCCUGUCUUCUCGAUUUCAGAUGGAUUCUUGGUGGGAGGGGGGAGGGCUGGCUGAUCAUGCACCACUCUUUGUGCAACUUCUAGAUUUCUAGUAAGGUUCUUUUGUUUUCUUGUUUUGGGUUUUGUUUCCUUUUUUUUUUUUUUAAUAUAUAUAUUUUUGUGUACUUGUUGCUUGUGCUUUAUUUAGUAGUAAAUUGUGGAAUAGAGUGAUUUAUUGUUAAUUUGGCAGUAGCGGUUUUUAAAAACCAUAUACUGACUGAAACAUGAGCCAGAGCUGAUUGCUUUAUUAAGCUAAUAAUGAAUGUUAAGAGUACAUAUUUUCAGGAUCAUUUGCCUAGUGAGCUAAACUUGUAUUAUAGGCCAAUAUUUUUUAAAAUAAAGCUUGGUCAACCUCUAUGUUACACAUAUUACAAGAUAUAGCACUUUCAAAAAGAAAACCUAAACCUUUUAAGAAAAUUUCUUACAGGUUAUGCUUUUUAUUAUAAAACCUUUUAUUAUAAUUUGUUUCAAGUGCCAUUAGAUUACAUAUAUGUAGGCCUUUGGUAUAAUGCUUUGUGUACAAAAUGGUAGACAUUGUAAUUUUAAACAGGUACAUUUUUACAGUGUUUUCUUAUCAAUUUGCUAUAUUGCACAGAACCAGUGUGUCUUUCUUAAGGGUUUUACAAUGGUUUUUACUAGGUUUACAUGUUUCAAACUACACUGUCUUCUACUGCCAUUUUGAAUACCAGUCAAACGAAAGGAGUUUGUCCUCACCAAAUGCAAACUGUGUCCUCUGGAGUUCUGGAUGGUAAACUAUGGCAAAAAAUGUUUUAACAUGCAGUAUUUGAUACAGAUCUUUUUUACCAUAUCCUGUCAUCGCUAUGCUGCUGUCUGAAGUUGACUUAGGGCCUUAUCCUGCAUCCGUAAAGUCAGGGGGAGCAGGAUUGCAUCCUUCGUUAUGUCUGUCUCAUACACUGGUUUAGCAGCUCAUCCUGUAUUCUUCUCAGUCUAUAGAUACGCCUCUGAAAUAAAUGUAAUUAUUUAGCAUGUAGUAAACUGCAUAGGCUUAGCUGCCCAUCCUGCAUCCUCCCAGUGUACAGUUAAAGCCACAGCCUAUAUAGCAUUAUGCUCAACAUACAGAUAAUGCCACAGUAGUUCAAAAUGUGUUUGGAUAGUCCCAAAGCUUUUAUGCAGUAAGGGUGUCUUACUUUUGUUGGAAGGCAGUGUCUUUUGAUAACAGUUAUCUAGCCCUGGAAGUGACACAGAACUAUUGCUAAUCAUAUGUAAACACUUCAGUAUAAGCUUCAGUGGUACAGUUGAACCAGAGUGAAUGUUUAUCUCCUCAGAAACACUCCUGCAAUAUUGUUAUAUUGGAUCAUGCUGCUAAUGUAACUUGGGAUACAACUCCUCUCAUGGUGCUACAAACCUCCCUGUCUCAUUCAGAUGUAUUUUUACCCAUAGAAAAAAGGACUAUACUAGACCUAUAGUUGUAUGAUAUAUUUUUAUACUGUGACUUAAUUUGUCAUUAAUGAACUUUGUGCAACACCACAAUGUAUUCAUAUGCACUUGCAAAAGUAAAAUUUUGGACAUGCAAAUUUAAACGCUGACAAGCCCAGCUCUUGUUCACAAACACAGGUGACUGCUAGUUAAACUCAAAUGUGGGCUUUUUAUAUGGUGUGGAGUGAAGAACAUACUAUAUAUUACUAAAAGCCUUUGAAUUUAGACAGUAACUGGGGAAAGUAUAUUGGGGAACGAUGACACACCCAAACCUGACUUGGAUUGCUGAAAUUAUAUUUUUAGCUAGUGGAAAAAUGGUUUGGACUUUAUGUUUUAAUGAGAAAAGUUUUGAGUCAAAAAUAGAGAAAGAAAAAAAAAAGAACACAGAAAACCCUGCAUUCCAGACAGAAUUUGUAUAUGUUUCUUGCAUUUAAAAUUUGCUAUCCUGUGAUAUGGGAAAUUGAGUUGCUUAUCAUGUAUAUGUACUUUAAAAUGUAUUCACAAACUACUGUUGUAUUUGUAUAAAAUAUAGACAAAAAGAUUGCAUAUAUAUUUUUGUGUAUAAGCUCUGUAAAAUAGCAAUCACAUUAUGAAGCUGCAGCAGAACUUCAUUUUAAACAUUCACAUCCAAAGAAACAGACUAUUUAUUGUCCACAUACCCUGAUUAUAAAAUAUACCUUGCUGCUAUUAAACAAUAGUGCUGCAGCUUCUUGUGGCCUACAGUGUUAUGUUUGCUGUACAAAAAUAUGUGAACUCCACAAAAUAUAUCAAUAAAAUUACAGAAUGGUUUUAGUUAAUGAAUAACUUAUGCCUGGCAUUUCAAUAGAGAACCUUGGUCUGCACAUUUGGGAUUACAGAAUGCAUUCAGUUUUGCUCGGUGUAGUUAUUCUGACUGUGCAAAGGUGUAAUAGUCUUUCUAAUUUACAGAUGGUAAAAUAUCAUUUUUUCAGACAAUCUUAAAGCAAAAGUAUCUGCAUUUCAUGAUUCCACCAAGGAACAAACUGGAUGAUGCUACUGUGUCUGUGAUGAGACACAUCUGAACUGAAGGAAGCAAGUCAGCUUGCCAUCAAAUUGCACUUUGAAACGUUGUGAAACACUGGAAGAUGAGUUUGGGGAUUUUGUAGUGGGACCAGUUGUCUGAGAGAUGUAGGUGAGUGAUUCUCCAUCAUUUCCAGAUUAAAGCAAGUCAUUUACAUUGACUGUUAUAGUUCGCAGGAUACACUGAAAGAGUGUGGCGUGUGCUAGACCUAGUGUGUGAGUUGUCUCUCUGAGAUGCUUUCAGGAGAAACUCUGUUGCUUUGGUCCUAUAGAACUCCCAUCUGCCCAUGACACUGCCAAAGAAGUCUGAAUAAUGUACUGGGGGAAGAGGUGCUAGGCAGCCAGAUGAGCAGAGUAAUAAGUGGAAUGUGAUUGCAUGUAUGAUAUCUAUGUUGUAUCCAAAGACCUCUUGGUGCAGUCCCUCCGGAGCUCACCUUGUUAAAUUCAGAGCCAUGGGCAUCUUCCCUUCUCUCAUUCCUGUAACCAUCCCUUUCCAAAACUUGCAUCCAAAAGUACAGAAAAGUAGUCCUUCAGCAUCCUCUAUAGCUGGUCUUGCUGCCUUCCAGGAGUGGAAGAGAAAGACUAUUCUGUUUUCCCUCUUCACUCUCCUUCUUAUCCUUCCCACAUACAAGCAUUCCCUAGGAUAAAGAAUGGGAGGGAGGUUUGACAGAGAAAUACAGAACUGUGAUGCUGCGCUCCUGCUGGACUAGCAAGAACUGAGCAGCUACAUGCUCUUGGCUUCCCUGCUUUGCAAAUCAAAACAAUGUAUUAAAUCGGAUAGAAAUUAGGUUUCCCAAAGCAGCAGUUGCCGCAGUUGGCACAGCAAGGGCUGGUGAUCACGAACAGGCAGCAAGGUAAGCUCAGUUGCAAAAUUUAGUCUGUGCUUAAAAGUUUGAGAAGUGUAUUGGAGGAUUAGCUGCUGCUUAUCAUUAUGAGCUGAGGCCUUUAGCAAAUAAACAGCAGUGCUGUGUUUCGAACAGUGGAGGUAGUGGUGUUGAAAGUGACAGACCCCAGCAGUACUGUGGAGUUUCAAGUUCCUGCUGGGUGCUAUAUCCCAGGUAAUUCAAUAGAAGCUUUAUCGACUCCUAAUAAAGGUGUAACGUCUUGCCUGGUAUUAUUUUUAAAUCAUAAUAUUUAUUUGUUGUAAUGGUCUGAGUGUCCUCAAGAAAUGAACAUUUUCAGAGAAAUAAGUAUUUUUUUAAAAAUAUAAUUAACACUUGUGUUC